UAUUUACACUCAAAUCUCAAAUGGCUUCUAUUCUCAAUAUUCUCUCCAUCACUACUAUCUUCCUUGCUCUAGCUUUUCAAGCUUAUGGGCAAACUUGUUCUUUGAGUAACAUUCAAGUUUCAGAAACCAAAACAGAGACGGGGUACACCGUUAGGGUCACCAACAAUUGUUCUUGCAUGCAAUCAAAAAUUAAGUUCAGUUGUGUUGGAUUUAAGCCCAGUCAACCCGUUGAUCCAAAUCUCUUAACUCAAGGUCAAGAUUGUCUUCUCAUCCAUGGAAAACCACUUUUUUUGGCACAAGUUAUCACUUUCACCUAUGUUUCAGAUACUAGGUUUUCAUUUAUUCCAAAAUCUUCUGAAAUUACAUGUCAUUAG